CAACCGAUGGAACGCCCUCACCGCCGUUCCCUCGCGCCCCGCGCGGCCUCGCCGGCUCGCGCUUGCAGGCAGAACGAGUCGAACGCCGCGGCACCGAUGCGCCCCCGCGGGGGAACCACUCCUGCCGUGAGUUUCCGGCCUCUGCGGCCUCCCGCCGGGACGGGAGCCAGCGGUUGGGCCGGCUCGGGGCCGGGCUGCGGAGACUGUGCGGGUUGCAGUGUCCUACCUUGCCUGACAGAAAAGCUUUCCUUGCCCGGAAAAGCUAGUUGGGCCAUUGACAAAACCCGCCUCGGUCCGGGCAGUGCAGCCCGGCCGUCGUGCACUGCUGCUUCGGCGUUGCUGCUUAUGGCUGUAACCAUGGAUAUAAUUCAUUGCUAUUUUACAGCUCCCAGAAGCCUGCUGAGAGGCAUAACCAACAAACAGGUCCAGCUUUGUACCACCAUAACUGACAGUUCUGGCUUUGUAGGCCCAGCAGGAGCUCCCAUGAGGAAGGCCCUUCGCUUUGGCAGCUGCAGGGGUUCCCAUCCCGAUGGUGCUACUCGGAUACACGCCAGGGCGGGGUUAUUGCAUGCCUGUGCUUUUUUCUGUUUAUAUUAUAAUUUCACAACCAGCACACUUGUCUGUAAGGGAGCAUAUUACUCGAAUAUACCUGGGCAUGCUCCUUCUAUCACUUUGUUUUACAAGUAACUGAGUUGCUGCCAAUGCUCGAAGGGGUUUUGUA